UUUCGAUUGAUAUAUAAAGGCGGCUUCACUAAGUGUUAAGACAGAACAGCCUCCCUGGUUUUGCGUUCUCGGCUUCCAUUUCUAUCCUAUCUUUCUCCAAACGAAUCCGUGAGUAGACAACACAACACAACACAACAACGAGAACAAGAAUCAAAACGAAACCAGGCUGUAGGGUUCUUGUGUUUGUUUGUUUGAGGUGGGUGUUUCAAGAAAUGGCAGCAGAGAAGAGUGGUUAUAAGGAGACUGAAAGUGAGUUUUUCUUGGAGAGUGGUGUGGAUGAUGUGGAAAUAAACAAGUUUGAAAGUGAUAGUUUUGGUAGCAGUUGUGGGAACAGCAGUGAUGGAGAGGAGGCUGAUAAUGGUUUGGGUUCUCCUUCCAGGACUUUCACUUCACAGCAGUGGCCACAAAGUUACAAAGAAACUACAGAUUCUUACACAAUUGCAGCAUCACCAACUUUUGGCAUUCUUCAACACACACCAAGCCUCAGGUAUUUAAGCUUUGGAAGUUAUAGUAAAAGUGGCUUAGAACUUGAUGGAAAGACUCCUUUACUUUCUGAGAGCGAAAUCUCAGCUGCAUGGUCAUCAUUUUCGGGGAAAAUUAAGCAACCUAGUGGAGAGUUGCCCAUCAGUCAUGGAUGUAGUCUCACUCAAACUGUAUUCAAUAUGAUUAAUGUAAUGGUCGGAGUUGGGCUUCUCUCUACACCUAGUACGGUGAAAGAAGGAGGCUGGGCAAGUUUGAUAGUGUUACUGUUUUUCGCAGUGGUGUGUUGUUACACAGCCACUAUCAUGAAAUACUGCUUUGAGAGCAAAGAAGGAAUCAUAACCUAUCCAGAUAUAGGAGAAGCUGCCUUUGGAAAAUUUGGACGUAUUUUAAUAUCUAUCCUUCUGUACAUUGAGUUAUAUUCAUAUUGUGUGGAAUUUAUCAAUUUGGAAGGAGAUAAUCUUAGCAGGCUAUUUCCCGGGGCAUCCCUGGAUUGUCUUGGCUUUCAGCUCAACUCCAAACGCCUCUUUGGAAUUCUAACUGCCUUAGUUGUCUUACCUACUGUUUUGUUGAGGAAUCUACGUCUGAUAUCCUACCUUUCAGCUGGUGGCGUCUUUGCAACAAUUUUAAUUGUCCUCAGUCUCUUAUACCUUGGCACGUUAGGUGGAAUCGGAUUCCACCAAAGUAGCCCAUUAGUAAACUGGAGUGGCAUUCCAUUUUCCAUUGGUGUGUAUGGCUUCUGCUAUUCUGGGCAUUCUGUGUUCCCGAACAUCUACCAAUCAAUGGCUGACAAAAGAAAAUUCACCCAGGCAACAAUAAUAUGCUUUGUCCUCUGCGUGUUAUUUUAUGGGUCUGUUGCUGUCAUGGGAUAUCUCAUGUUUGGUCAGCACACAGAGUCCCAGAUUACGUUGAGUAUGCCUCCGCAUGCCUUAGUUUCCAAUGUUGCAUUGUGGAUAACAGUUAUCAACCCUUUAACUAAAUAUGCGCUUUUGAUAAACCCGUUGGCCAGAAGUAUAGAGGAGUUACUUCCAGCAAGAAUUUCAAGUAGUUUCUGGUGUUUUGCUCUUCUUAGAGCAGCAUUAGUCGCUUCUUCUGUUUGCGUUGCUUUCCUUGUUCCUUUUUUUGGUCUCUUGAUGGCUCUGAUGGGUUCAAUACUCUGUAUUUGUGUGGCGGUCAUAAUGCCAACUUUAUGCUAUCUCAAAAUUAAGGGGAAGAAAGCUACAAAAAUGCAGAUUGCUAUCUGUACUGCAAUUGUUGCGUUGGGCGUAAUCAGUGGAAUAUUUGGAACGUACUCUUCAUUGGCUGACAUAGUAAAGCAGUACUGACAUAUUCAAAUGAUUUCUCCGGCAACUCACUGUAUUGAAGAGCUGUAUUGAACAAAACACAUCCAUGUUACUUGUACUGGAUUUAUGUGUAAUCACUGGUUUCUCAUCUUCUUAUUUUCUGAUUUUGACAUGAUGAGUGGGUAUGAAAGCUUUGUUCAUGAAUGUCUUGAGAUUCUGAUUG